UCCAUUGCUUAUUUAGUAUAUUACUAUAAAUUAAUCAUGGGAAAACUAGAUGUGAAAGUUAUGCGUUAUCUUACCAAAGAAGAUUUUCGUAUUUUAACAGCAAUUGAAAUGGGUAUGAAAAAUCAUGAGUUAGUACCUGAAGUACUAGUUGCACAAAUUGCAAAUUUACGUCAUGGAGGACUGCAUAAAAUAUUAAAAGAGCUAUGUAAGCAUCGGUUAUUAAGUUAUGAAACAACAAAACAUUAUCAGGGUUAUAGAUUGACAAAUACUGGUUAUGAUUAUUUGGCUUUAAAAACCUUGACAGCACGGGAAAUAAUCGAUUCUUUUGGAAAUCAAAUAGGUGUUGGAAAAGAAUCAAAUAUAUAUGUUGUUUCAAAUAAAAAUGAGAUUGCUUAUUGUCUGAAAUUGCACAGAUUGGGUAGAAUAUGUUUUCGAAAGGUUAAGGCUAAAAGAGAUUAUUAUCAACAUAGAAAGUACAUGUCAUGGCUUUAUUUGUCAAGAAUAUCUGCCACAAAAGAAUUUACUUUUAUGAAAGCCCUCCAUAACAGAGGAUUUCCUGUACCUAUGCCUAUAGAUUUCAAUCGUCACUGUGUUAUAAUGGAACUUAUAGAUGGUGUACCUCUUUGUAACAUUCAUGAAGUUAAAAAUAUUGAAAAAUUAUAUGAUACUCUAAUGAACAUCAUUUGUAAACUAGCACACUGUGGUGUUAUUCAUGGAGAUUUUAAUGAAUUCAAUAUCAUGCUUAAGCCUGAUGAAAAACCUAUUAUUAUUGAUUUUCCACAAAUGAUAUCAACUGAUCAUGAUGAAGCUGAAUUAUAUUUUAGUCGAGAUGUUCAUUGUAUUCAACAAUUUUUUAGAAGACGUUUUUCAUAUGAAAGUAGUUUAUAUCCUAAAUUUCAAGAUGUUCUAAAGAAAAGCAAUACAAAUAAAACAAUUUUAAAAGUAAUAUUAAAGUCUCCUUCAAUUAGUGAUAAUGAAGAUUAUCAAUUGUACGAUACUGACAGUGAUGAGGAUAUAGAAGAAUUAGGGCAAAAAAUAUUAACCUUAGAAAUUACAAAUAAUGAACUUCAAAAUGAUUAUAAGCAUAAGACAAAUAAAUCAUAUAAUAAUUCAACAACAGAAAGAGAUAAUAUUCAAUGCAUUCAAAGUGAUACUUAUAAUAUAGAAAAUACGGAAACUUCAUGCGGGACAAAAUUUAUGGCUAAAAAGAGAAUACGUUCAGAAUUACUAAAGUGUGCAAAAAGAAUGGAAAAUAAGAAAAAUCUUAAGAAAGCUACCACGUCAUCAAAGAGUAGGAAAGAAAAUAAAUGUAUUGGAAAAGAAUACAUUGGACUCUGGGGAAACGAUUAAAGGAAAAAUAUUUUCAAAGCUUCUAUACAAUUUUAUAUAUAGUGUAAGACUUCAGUG